ACUUGGAGUAGCUCUCCUCAGCACGAGGCACACCGUUUUGUGGUUUGGCAGUUAGUGAUGACUACAGCACGGGCAGCUCAAGUCUAGCUCUAGCAAUCUGGCAAAUACAAACUAAAAAUCUACCAGAAAGAGAGAGAGAGACAGGUGGCAGGUGCAGAUUUUCUGCAUGGAAGAGAAGCUGAAUAAUGCAAAUGAGUUGAAAGGAGAGAACAGUUUCAUAUGGAUUUAUCUGUCUGAUUGUAAUCUGAUGUGAUCCUACUUGUUUUGGAAGAUCGCACAUUGUUUAAGAGGAUCCAAAUUGAUUCCGUCUUGCUUGGACAAAGAUUUAAUUUCUGGGACUUUGCAUUCUAAAAGAACUGGUUUUAAAGUUUCUAAAUCCAGUUUUUAAAUCUUCAAUCAAGAAAAAGCUAACUAAUGGCAAUUUGAUACAUUUAAAUUGCAUCCAAAAAGGUGCAAUUAGCGCACUCUCUUCGGGGCAUCAAUACAAUGCCUGGAUUACCCUUUUUAUAGUCUUGUGAACCUGCGUGAAAUCACCACGGAGGAGGUACGGCGGGGGUGCUGAGCGGCUGGGAGCUGCAUUCCUCCACUUGCGACCGAACUGAAAAUCCAACAUCCUGACUACCGCCACUAACCGAUCGGAUACAAACGCAGUAGCGACAGGAGUGGAACCACCCUUCACGAUCUGGGUCAAAGGGAUUGGCAGAAGAAUGCUGGCGCCAGGUGCCCAGGGGCAGGAUGGCAUUGUGUUGGCAGAGAGCAGCGGGUGUUAGAUGGUUCCUCUUGAUGCUCCUGUGGCACUGGGCACCUCUGGGCCCACUGAGCUGGUUUCUGGCUUUGGCUGAGCGUCUGGACCAGAAGACCUCACCGUUCUCUUCUAUCUCUGGCCGGAGCAGUGGCCAGCUGGACUGGCUCCUGUCUGAUAAAGGGCCCUUCCAUCGUUGUCCAGAAUACACCGAGUUCAAAGAACGCUUCCAACAAGGUUUCUCCACACGCUACAAAAUCUACAGGGAGUUUAGUCACUGGAAAGUGAACAGCUUGGUGACAGAGAAAAGAGACUUCUUCAAAGCCCCACUGCCUUUGGCGCCCGAGUUUUUACGCAACCUCAGGCUUCUGGGAAGAAGGCCGAGCCUUCAGCAGAUUCAUGAAAAUCUGAUCAAGAAAUAUGGCACUCAUUUCUUGGUAUCAGCCACAUUGGGAGGAGAGGAGUCACUCACGAUCUUCUUGGACAAACAGAAGCUGAGCAAAAAGUCAGAGGGCAAUGGGAAUAGCUCCGUGGUCUCCCUGGAAAUCUUGCACCAGUUGGCGGCGUCAUACUUCACAGAUAGAGAGAGCACCCUGCGAAGACUCCACCACCUGCAGAUCGCUACAUCUGCUAUUAAGGUAACGGAGACCAGAACGGGGCCUCUUGGAUGCAGUAACUACGACAGCCUGGAUUCCGUCAGCUCCGUCUUAGUGCACAGCCCAGAAAAUAAAAUCCACCUGAAAGGUCUACAGGAUGUGCUUCCUGAGUUCCUGCAGAAUCGUUUUGUGGAGGCGGCCCUCAGUUACGUGGCGUGUAAUUCAGAGGGCGAGCUGCUGUGCCGCAACAAUGACUGCUGGUGCCGCUGCUCGGCAAAGUUCCCUGAUUGUAACUGCCCCUUCGCAGACAUCAAAGCCAUGGAGGAGAGUCUGCGUAAGAGCAAAGAGUCCUGGAUCAACCUUAACAAUGACUUUAUGGACUCAGGUAGGUUAAUCCAAUGGCCACAAAAGUGUUAAAGUCUGCGGUAUAAUCUCUGGGGUUAUGAGACCUUUCCACACACUGGAUUAAAUGGGAGAGUGGAACUUCUGCAGUUUAAAAUGACAGGUAAAUCUCACGGUGACAAAUGAUUCAUAUACCAUCAUAUU